AUGAUUUUGAACAUGAAAAGGGCCGCCUCCACAAUCUCCAAGUUGACCAGCAGAGUCUCAUUCCCUGUCUACCAAGAGCCAGUUUCGCAAGAUAUCAUGGGAAUGCUAGGUGGUGCAAAAGACGAUAUACUGAUUUACGAUCGGUGCGGACUACUGGUUAAGCACUUCUCUAUGCCAUACAGCUACCUUGGGUGGCCAUUCGUCAGGUAAAUUGCAUCCUCCUAUGAGUUCGAAGAAACCUUUAGAUUCUAAGACGAGGACGAGAUUACGUAGACAAGAUUUUUGCAGUACUAGGUAGUGCGUGCACGUGAACCAGCGUCAUUUUGGCGGGAAAACGUGAUAGCACACCCCUCCCCUCUGCAACAGAACUAGUGGAAUCUGUAUCUUCACUGGGUUCUCGGAGGAAACGUCACUGGGUUGGUUUAUUUUCCGUGGAAUAAAGCCUUUGUUACCCUUCUACGAGUUUUAACGAAAAUGUCUUAGUGACUGAAAAAGUUAUCAAAUGUUAGAAGUUUUAUCAUCUUGCGAUUGUGAAAAUAACCGUGCUAACUUUCUGGUUAAGAGAAAGUAUAUAUAUGUUGCUUUCCGGGGCGCCUAUUUUUUGGGAAUACGCGAAAAAAGCAAAAGCCAAAUCUUGUCCUCGAAUCUGAAGGUAAUCAUUCUAGUAGCUAGGCAGAUGCUUGACCUUUGCCAUGACGUUCCACCAAGUUGGCCAUUUUGUUGGUUUAUUUGUUUGUGGUUUGCUUUUAAUUUUGCCGCCAUUGACCAAAUGUAAUUUACAGAGUUGUUGAAAAAAAGAACUACACAUCGGAAACUGACAAGAAAGCCGAAAAAAACCACGAGACAUACACAAUAGCUUGGGAUUUCAUUAUUGUUAGUAACUUUUAAGAUUAAUUGGCCUGCGAAUACAGCCACCUUCUCAUCGCCUUCUACCGUUGAGUCCGUUAGGGAGAUUUCGUGAUAGUUGCGUGCCUAGGUCCCUUGGCCUCAUUAUCCCACGCGACCUCCCUACCCUUCGUCUCGGCUACGUCACCGAAAUACGUUGACCGAGAAAGCCUGGAAGGACGCCGUACUGGGACUAGGGAAAGAAAGGGGACCUCUCCCGAAAUGUUCGUAGCGGCAGUGAGGGGAAGAGCGAUAAAAUGCGGUAAUAAAAAAAGCGAAAGAAAAAAAAAAGAAGAAGAAGAAGAAGAAAAGCCAAAACAGAAAAGAGAACAUUAAAACUAUUAUUGAUUACUAGGGGAAUCGUCAUGGUAGAAGCUACCCCAGCUUCACAAUGGCCGUUUUUAUGCUAGAGACGUUAAAGUCGUCUAGACGCAUUUAACGUCUGAGACGUUAAAGCCGUCUAGUGUAAAAACGGGACGCACAAAAGUAGACGACCUUAUUUAAAAAAGUAGAUUUUUCCGAAAAAGGACUAGGCUCUACUCUCGGAAGACACUGGACACGAGUUAAAGCGGCGCCAAAAAUGAACUUCAAGCCCGCGAAAUGCGAACAAAUUGUCCAAACUCUAACAUGGCGGCGGCGUUACAACUUUUAAAGUCUAUUUCUCGCCGUCGCCAAGAAAGGCAUGACUUAGAAAUGCAGAUCUUGGUAACAAAUUCAGUUCGGUCGUCUGCGAGAACAGAUGCAAACUCCUUAAGUUCAUCCUCACUCCACUUUCUGCCACUAGACUCCUUCAUGCUCUUCUUGGCCGCCAUGUUGUUUUGCCCUCGUCCCAGUCGUCUCUGGACGAGUCGAGCAUAAAUGCGUCCUAGUUUACGACGUCCCGUCUUUAUACCAGACGACUUUAACGUCUGAGACGUUAAAGUCGUCUGUUAAGUGCGUCGUUCGGACGCACUUAACAGAAGACGUUAAAGUCGUCUGCCUUAUUUACCGUUUUUAUACUAGACGUUAAAGUCGUCUUAAGACGACUUUAACGUCUCAGACGACUUUAACGUCUCUAGCAUAAAAACGGCCAAUGUUUGUUUGCUAAAUAAGUAUGAACCUGUUUAAGACGGACGCCGUUGCAUUGGGAUCAGUACAAAGUUUACAUUGAGGUCAGGUGUCUUCCUUAUAGAGAGAGAGUAAUGCAAAAUAACUGUAAAAUAUAUAGCGGGGGCCAGCUCCUUGAUCCGUUCUAGGAAAGUGUCCGCUCGUAGAGUUGUCUGUACUGGUUAGAGGGCUGAAAGCAUUUAUUUUGUUUCAGAAACUCUCUGUGGGAAGUUAUUAACAAUCCAUCGAAAUGCAAACAAUACUGUCCUGUCACGACCACGCCCAGUACCAAAAACUCGUCUCCCAUCACCGCUGUGAUUACUACCUCAAACAAGACUACAAUCAAUCCAAGUUCAUUAUCAUCGUCAGAGAGUAGGAAAUCACAGGGCGAACGUCACAGCACUACUGCCUCGUCGCCUGUUACAAAGCAAGAGGGUUUGAACAACAGCAGCGAUCGGGAACAAAACUAA